CCGGCGCAGGCCGCCGGGCCUAUGUACCAAUGGCUGCUGGGGGCCCUCAGCGCUCUCUUGGCCGCCGCCCGCCGCCCCACGCCGCCGCGCCAGAGGCCGCUCCCCAGCAUUCAGCCACCUCUGGAAGAUGAGGAGCAGGUUCCAUCAAAAAAGCAAAGAACAGACGAUGUCAUCUCUGUGCAUAAAGUUCCUGCAGUUCCUGCAGUGGUGAAAUUGCCACCGAAGACAGCCAGGAAGCGCAAUGCCACUCCAACUGCAGAAGAGGGUCAAGCCACUACUUCUAAGCCUUCACCUAAAAGACCAAGAGUUUCUGCACCAGAAACAGAAAUGCCACAGAUUGAUAAAGUGCCCUAUGGAGCCAACACUUUCAUGAACAGAGAAACACUACUCCUUUCUCAUAAGACAGUUCCAUUCCUCAGCACGGGCAGGAAUGGCAAACACUCUGCCAAACACCUUCCAGACGGCAGCUUAACACUAAGGCCCCCCAUUAAGGAGCGAGCUGUGCCAGAGUCCGUGACUCCAGAAGCCACCAAAACGAGGAAGGUUCACUGCACUGCUGCAGAGGAUGUUCAGCGAGGAGAAAAGGUGAAAUACAGACAGCUCUUGCAGCUGGUAAAAUGUGCUGGGAUCCACCCUCCUCCUCAGCUGACAAGCUUCUGCAGUGUUCAAGCUGUCUCCAAAGAACCAGUGAUGACUGAAGGUCACCUGAAAGACCGUAAAUAUGGAGAUACCUACCCAUAUAUGACACAAAAGAACAAUAUCAACUGUGCAGAUGUUCGCAGCCCCCAGCAGUCUCGGAGAAGUGAUACGAUCAGGUACUGCACACCAGCAGAAAACGCCCCUGAACAGGGAAGACCAGCAAAAGCAGUCACUGCAGGGGGCAAGUAUGGAGCUCAACGAUCAGAAGAGGCAUUAUACCAACUACAUCUGGCACCUCUUCUGCCCAGAAAGUCAGCUGGCCUCGAGGCUGAAGAAAGGAAAUUCCCAAGACUGGAGAAACCAUCAGAAGGCUCUUCUGUGCUCACAGAGGCCUUGGAGAAGGAGGUCUGUGAUGCCUUUGGCAGAGGGGACCCCGAUGAGAUCGUGAGCAGUGCCUUCAAGCUGAAGGUCACCCGUGAGGACAUCGGCACCCUGAGGGAGCAUCGCUGGCUGAACGAUGAGGUCAUCAAUUUCUACAUGAAGCUCAUUGCAGAAAGAAAUAAGAAGGAGGGAUUUGCAGCAGUCCAUGCCUUUAGUACUUUCUUCUACCCAAAAUUCAUCUCUGGGGGCUACACAGCUGUAAGAAGGUGGACCAAAGGUGUGGAUCUCUUCCAGCAGGACCUCAUCUUCGUGCCCAUUCACCUGAGGGUGCACUGGGCACUAGUGGUGGUGGAUGUCAGAAGGAAGACCAUCCGGUACUACGACUCCAUGGCAAAGAGCGGGGACAAGAUUUGCCAGACUCUGUUCCAAUACCUGCGAGAAGAAAGCCUGGAGAAAAGAAACCUGGAGCUGGCUUCUUCAGAGUGGACGCUUCGCAGCAUGGAAUCCCAUGAGAUCCCUCAGCAAUCCAAUGGAAGUGACUGUGGGGUAUUCGUAUGCAAGUAUGCUGAGUACAUCUCCAGGGACAGAGCCACCACCUUUACUCAGAAUCACAUGCCUUACUUCCGGAAGAAGAUGGUGUGGGAAAUAAUCCAUCAGCAGCUGCUAUGAGACCUGCACUAUUAGAGCUACACUGUGAUCACCUGGGGGUGACUAACUCCCACUUUAGUUACUGUGCUAGGAUCUUAGUUUGGGAAGGCAGCAGGCACACAGAUUUGCCUCCUUAGUCUAUGAAGUAAGGGAUAAGUUUAGGAAGGUAAGCUUAGGAGAUCGAGUUUAGGAGGUAAGCUAAGAGAUUGAAUUUAGGAAGGUAAGCUUAGGAGAUCAAGUUUAGGAGGUAAGUUUAGGGCAUAAGUUAAGGGUUUUCUUCCUGAUUUUGGAGACAGUCACUCUCUUUGAGAUUAGGUAAGGCAACUUAAGUGCAAGCCAGGAAGAUAGCUGUGACCUCACCAUGGGAAUGGUCAAGAACAAAUGCUGUGAACCUCUGUCGUGGAUGUCUGAGGGAUGCUCGUGACUUGCAGCACACGGACUUGCAGCCACACCACGGACAAAUGGGACUCUGAUCUGUGGUGGUACCAGGUGUGUUGGCUGAACUUGCCAUCCAAUGAAAAUGUGCUUAACUACUGUUCCUCAAGGAAGGAUUUUCUGCCUCUGGAACAUCUAUGAUCAACUUGACUCCUACAACUGGAUUUGUGAUGACCACAGAAAGCAAGCAGACUGUCCUUGGAUUUGUAACAAAUCCAUAGUGAAGCACCUGCAGCUGGGGUGGCUUUCUGUUUUGUUGGUUGCUUCUCCCCUCCCCUUCCCCUCUCUGUAUCCAGGGAGUUAUCUAAUGUGAAAAGAGAAAUAUUUAUUGCUUUUUAUUAAAAUCUGUAACUUAUGUAAA